AUGAGCUUGACGUGGGAGAUUCAUUCACCCGAACUUGGCGCAAUAACACAACUUGCCUGGCAACCAAAUGGCAAAGUUAUCGCGGCUGCUUACGAAAGUCAAAAAAUUCAGAUGUUCAAUCUCUCAGAUGGUUCACUCAUACAUCAUAUGACUUUCGACAAACCCAUUUGUGAUUUACGGUGGAUUGAAUGUGACCCUCCAUCCGACAGAACAAUUAAUCUCUCGCAUUCGUCUGAAUACUUUCCACCCUUCGAUGCCCUGGCCAUCUUUGCAGAUGAAGUAUCAAAUCAGCAAAAGGUCUUUCAGCUGUCUAAAACAUUUCUCGACCCGGAUUCAAAGUUGUCCAUCCUCCUAGUCUACCUUGACGGUAGUAUCCGUCUAUUUGGCUGUGGAGUGUAUGAAAUAGUUCGCGUUGACACUACUUCUUGUAACCAAACGUUUUUGCAGUCCUUCUUGGCUGCUGAUCUGAACAGCCUCUACUAUCUGACAACGGCGACCGACGAACAGUCGUGUUUAGAGCUCCAACUCCACAAGAUUUUGUUGUGGAGUCUCAAGCAAUUGAAAAAUGCCUGGGAAAAUACCCUCCUUGAGCUGGAUACAAAGUUGACGGCCUAUGCGCGAGAGCGUCUUCAGGCUGCUGCUUCUUGGUCUCUACGAAAUGAACUGUUGGAAAUCAUCCUUUUCGGACAUAUAUCUUCAGCCUUUAAAAAGUUUCUUGCUACGGAGUGGGCAUCGAACUCCAUACGUCGCGCUGGUGUAACAAUGCUGAAAGCCUACGAGUCGAUGAAAGCUAUCACUUUCCAACAGUUGCAGUUCGGCUUAAUGCGUCUGAUCUUUGAAGCCAGUGAAUUCCUUGGUUUUGCUCGGAACCGAUAUCACUAUCAUCGCUUCAACAUCUCCGAGACGACUGUUCUUCGUCUCAUUCGCGAUGCCGGCGCCACCCUUCAAAAAGCUCAAGAGCUUCAUCUCGUUGUCGAACACUGCAGCCAGUACCUUCGGCCCUUCUUCAAGUGGCUGUAUGGAGUUGCAAUCACUAGCACCAAAAUAGAUUCGGACAAAAAUGCACGAAAGGUAAGCCAUUUGCGUAGCACCUUUCUUCCCUACAAACUUACCGUC